GGGCGCAAAAAGGCACUCAGAUGUAUUCAACUUCUCCUACCCCUCGACCUACCUACCCUCUUGAGGCCCCUAAUCUACUCUUCCUGCACUCUCCUGCUCCUGCCUGGGUUUCCUGCUCACACCCCUUACUCACUGCUUCUCUUCCUUCUCGGCCGCGCUGGGACCUGCAGAAGGUGAGGCUGGAGAGAGCAGGACAAGGGGAUGGGAUGGUAUUGUGGAGAACGGGCUGGGACCCGUUACUGACCAAGAAGCACACCUGGUCUGCAGACCUCUUCCCUCCACGGUCCAUUAAAGCACACGCAGGGCGGUGGCCUUCACCGCCUCAGAACUACCCUGGUCAAGUGCAGCUGCAUCCCCAGGACUGGGCUGGGCCCCUUCCCCUUCUUGCUGACUCUGGUGUCUUGGCACAGGAUUUCCUGGGACAAGCGUUCCUGGCUCUAGGAGAAGUGAUCGGAGGCCAGGGCAGCCGCGUAGAGCGACCCCUCACGGGUGUACCGGGCAAGAAGUGUGGGACCAUACUGCUGACUGCAGAGGAGCUUAGCAAUUGUCGGGACAUUGCCACCAUGCAGUUGUGUGCAAACAAGCUGGACAAGAAGGACUUCUUUGGGAAAUCAGACCCCUUUCUUGUGUUCUACAGGAGCAAUGAAGAUGGCACGUUCACCAUCUGCCACAAGACGGAGGUUGUGAAGAACACGCUGAAUCCUGUGUGGCAGCCCUUCAGCAUCCCCGUGCGGGCCCUGUGCAACGGAGACUAUGACAGAACAGUGAAGAUUGAUGUGUAUGAUUGGGACCGAGAUGGAAGCCAUGAUUUCAUUGGUGAGUUCACCACGAGCUACCGGGAGCUGAGCAAGGCCCAGAACCAGUUCACGGUAUAUGAGGUACUCAACCCUCGGAAAAAAUGUAAGAAGAAGAAAUAUGUCAACUCGGGAACAGUGACGCUGCUUUCCUUCUCUGUGGACUCUGAAUUCACUUUUGUCGAUUACAUCAAGGGAGGGACCCAGCUCAACUUCACAGUGGCUAUUGACUUCACGGCUUCCAAUGGGAAUCCCCUGCAGCCUACCUCCCUGCACUACAUGAGUCCCUACCAGCUCAGCGCCUAUGCCAUGGCCCUCAAGGCAGUGGGAGAGAUCAUCCAGGACUAUGACAGUGACAAGCUCUUCCCGGCCUAUGGCUUUGGGGCCAAGCUGCCCCCAGAGGGACGGAUCUCUCACCAGUUCCCCCUGAAUAACAAUGAUGAGGACCCCAACUGUGCGGGCAUCGAGGGCGUGCUGGAGAGCUAUUUCCAGAGCCUGCGCACUGUGCAGCUCUAUGGGCCCACCUACUUUGCUCCUGUCAUCAAUCAGGUGGCCAGGGCUGCAGCCAAGAUCUCUGAUGGUUCCCAGUACUACGUUCUGCUCAUCAUCACUGAUGGGGUCAUCUCUGACAUGACACAGACCAAAGAGGCCAUCGUCAGUGCCUCCUCGCUGCCCAUGUCUAUCAUUAUUGUGGGUGUGGGACCAGCCAUGUUUGAGGCAAUGGAAGAGUUGGAUGGCGAUGAUGUGCGUGUGUCCUCCAGGGGACGCUAUGCAGAGCGGGACAUUGUCCAGUUUGUCCCAUUCCGAGACUAUGUUGACCGAUCGGGCAACCAGGUACUGAGUAUGGCCAGACUGGCCAAGGAUGUACUGGCUGAGAUCCCGGAGCAGCUGCUGUCCUAUAUGCGUACCAGGGACAUCCAGCCUCGACCCCCACCCCCUGCUAACUCCAGCCCGACCCCAGCUCCAGAACAGCCCUGAGGAGUCCACAUAUCCAAUGUCUAGCAGUCUGCUUGCUUGUCACCUACUGCGGAAAGCCAGAGGCACCUGGAGCCUUGGAGCCCUGGACUUCCUUGGGAGUGCCAACUAAGUGAAUCAGCGCUGGUGGAAGAGCCCUUCACCCCUUCAACUGAAGAAGGGCCUGGCACUAUCACCACCUGCCUGACUUCUGCCAGUAAUAAAUAUGAUCUUUACUCUA